AUGUCAAGUAUACUUCACCAAAAUGUUGAAGUCGUGAUCUUUGAGAUAGAGAAUAUUGCUCAGGUUCUUGCAUACAAGUCGAAGCUGAAGCUUUCCAAGGAAGAGCCUGUUUCGAGAAAAAGAGGGUACAAUCAACUACAGGAUGAUCAUGAACCAAAUCCUAUCCCGAUCUCCCCAGAAUUGGCUGAAAUUAGCAAAAACUCGGUGGAUUUAGCCCAAGUUGAUUUUUGCGGGACGAUAGAUGAGCCAGAAGGGUGCUCUUUGCUGAGACAGCUUGGAGACGAGCUCACGAUUAAAGAUAUUGAGUUGUCUCUAUCAGAUGACAUUCUGAUAGUCAAAAGCAUAAGGAAGCAAAGGCUUUCAUCUUUGCCUCUACUUAGCAUUCGACUAGGCAAGAUUAAAGAAUUGGUAAUCUCCCAUCUCCCGUUCUUUAAAAGAGUCAGGAUCGUUCACAGAAGUGACCAUAUAAUCAUAGUUAGACCACAGAUCAAAUUUUUGUUCUCUGAGAAUGCUCCACUUGCGUUUCAUUUAGAAUACAAAAUAUCCGUUCAUCAAGGAAUAUUUAUUAACUUUCCCCAGAAUUGGUCCACGCAUAUUCUCAAUCUAAUCACCAAAUUAUCGUGGUCGAAUCCCACUUUGUUUGAAUCAACAUCAACUGAGUACUCAGUACCAGAUGUUCCCAUGUUCUAUUCACUAGUCUCCAAUGCGACCUCCAACUGGACACCCCCAUUUCCGGAGAAACUCAUCAGGGUGCCAGGACUUAAUGCUAAUCUAUUCAAGUUCCAAAGUAAGACCGUGAAUUGGCUGUUGGGACAUGAAGGUGUAGAGUUCAAUCAUGAUACCAAAACGACUACCCAAUUGCCUUUCUAUUCUCCUCCUGAGAGCUGUGAUACAGACACCUUUCACAAUUACUUAAUUGAAUGUUUAAACAAGCUUUCGUUUGGAUGGAAUAGAAUAAGGAUAGACGAAGAGGUCUAUUUUUACAACCAGUAUAGUGGUAACAUAGUCUCUCCUGAUAAGAUAAUAGCAUACUUCAAGACUCUUGCCCCCACAAAUGCCCAGGGCCUAUUGUCUGAAGAAAUGGGAUUGGGGAAAACUGUGGAAAUGAUUGCGACGAUAAUGCUUCAUCCAAGGCCCGAAUUGGAACUCGAGAGCCAAAUAUUUGAUCCUGUGGCAGGUAGAAACGUGAGAAAGUGUAAAUCCUCCUUGAUCGUAUGUCCCGAGUCAAUUCUCAAGCAAUGGAGGGAUGACAUUUACAACUUCAAUCCCCAUUUGAAAGUAAUCUUCUACAAGGGAAUAUCCAACAAUAAACAAUUCAAAGAUCCCUCGAUCAUUGCUGAACAUUUAGCAGAGCACGAUAUCAUUCUUACCACGUACAAUACUGUUGCCAAAGAGGUACACUACGCAAUGUAUAACCCAACCGAUAGACCUCUGAGAAAGGCAGCCAAGGAUGGACGAAUGAAGGCACAAAUAGAAGAAGAGAAUGCAACAAGUAUUCCCAACGAAAAUGAUGCUGCUAAAAGUGAGAGAAUAGCAUCUACAUUAAGAAAGCAAAGCUCAGAUGAGUUUGUAGAGAGAUACGAUUAUUCUUCUCCAUUAGUUUUGCUGCAAUUCUGGAGAGUCAUCUUGGACGAGGUGCAAAUGGUGACCAGUAAGAUUUCUAAUGCUGCGAAAAUAUGCAAAAUGAUUCCUAGAGCCCAUGCCUGGGGUGUUUCGGGCACACCGAUUCGAAACAACUUGGAUGAUCUUCAAGCAAUUCUUUCGUUUCUGAGAUUCCAUCCCUUUGACGACAAUGAUUCUCAGAAAAGAGUAAGGAUCAAGAAUCCCAAUUGGGAACUUGUCAAGUCUGCUAAACCUCCACUGACAUUUGUUCGUCUCUGGUCAAAAAUUGCUCUGAGACAUACCAAGUUGAUGGUUGCUGAUGAUAUCAAACUCCCACCUCAGCAACGAAUUCAGCUUUCAAUAUCACUAACUCCAGUGGAAAGAGACAAUUAUGAUAAUCUUUUCAAGUCCUUUCUGUCUGAUGUUGCUUUAAACGAUAAAGGAGAGCCGUUAUUGGAAAAUUGGGAACCAAAUUCGACAGUUCUGACUACAAUGAGAGUGUGGCUAGAGAAGUUACGAAGAAUAUGUUGCCAUGCUCAAAUUGGAUCUGGGAACAUCAAGAAACAGAUGUUUGAACUGGUUGGAUUAAAGACUAUGGAUGCUGUAUUGGAUGACAUUCUGUUAAAGGUAGAUCAGGAUGUGGACACUUCGAAACGACUUGAGAUUCUUUCGAGAUGCAAACAAGGUAUGAUAUAUGAGUACAUGAAGGCACCAACAUCAGCAUUGGAAAUAUGGGAAAGUUGCCUAACAGAAAUUGAAAAACAAAUUAAAGCAUUAAAUGAUUUGCUAAACGGCAUUAAUGAAGGUAGCCCUGUAAAAUUGGAACCAUUAGAUGAAAAAGAGGAGAUGGAAGAGACUGAUAGUUCGGAUGAAAAUGGGGACUUCUCCAAGAAAGGACUUUUGAAACAUAGAUUGAGAUCAUGGUUAGAGCUCCUGCAUCGAUGCUACUUCUUCAUUGCUUCUGCUCACAACCAAAUAUACAAUCCAAAAUUAACGGAGGAGGAGAAAGAGUCAGGGAGUCGUCAAAACCUAGAUGAAGUUCCAGAUGAAUUGCUGGAUAGAGAUUCUUUGGAACACAGAAAAAUUGAAAGGCUAUACUAUGCUAAAGCUGAAGAUAUCAGAAAAGAGUUACUAAAGGAAAGACUCAAACAAGUUGACAACAGUGACAAAGAUCUUUUAACCAAGACCAGAGCUUUUCUGAAGAACAACGGAUUCAUGAAGGAGACCCGUAAAGCUCACCAUAAAAAGGACACUGAUUUCAAAGACAGGAAAGAUAUUGAUGUCAAAGAGUCAGACACGCACUUGAAAGUUGAUAGAGUUAACUUGUUGAAACUAAUUCAAGUUCCAGAUGUCACCGGUGGGCAUUUCUUUUCGUUUCAAGACGAUUUGGAAGGUCUUUACCAUCGUUUGAAUUCGCAAGCUGAAUAUGUCAAUAAAUGGAUCAAAGUAGUUUUUUCCCUGUUAACGAAAUCCAUUGUUGAGACCGAAGAAACCACGGGAAAUGAAAUGUCAAGCUACGCAGAAGAACAAGACAAGAUUGACAAAUACCUCUCUGUGAUUCAAUUAGCCUUAACUGAUAGGGGUGUGUGUUUGAAAGCCUCUAGGAAUAGAGGCGUUCCUACAACUUAUAGAAUACCAUCCAGUACGAAAGAAGAAGAAUCAGAAUUUCAAAAAGCCCGUGUAAUGACCGGAGUUUCAAUAACAUUGACCCAGCUUUUGGAUAGGAUUUCGUUAGAGGCCGGAAAUAAUGAUUCUGAGACUCUUAAAAAUGCUUUUCUGGAGAUAAAAGCUUUGGUAUCUAGUCAAGUGGAUGAAUUGACCAAAAAUCUAAACUCUGCAUCUAAAAUAGUCACUGUUUUCAACAAUUCAUUCAAUAGCAGAGUUAAUUAUUUCAAGGGUUUGCAACAAAUAUCCGAAAAUGUCAUGCCAUAUUCGCCAACAGGACUGGACCCAGCAGCCCAACUUAGAGGCGCAGAGGGAGAAGAGAAUCGAUAUAAACAACAGGUAGCUCAAGCGCAACUCAGGUCUAACUACCUUCGAUCUUUGGGCGAUAAUGCUCAAAACAACGAUGAGAGGCUAUGUAUCAUUUGCCGAAGUGAUAUUACCAUUGGAGCCCUGACUAAAUGUGGACAUCAAUAUUGCAAAGAAUGUUUGAAAGAAUGGCUCAAGAAGAGCUCUACUUGUCCUCUUUGUAAGGCGCACUUGGAUCAUUUUAGUAUCUAUUUUUUUACCUUUACUAGAGAUGAUCUUAAGGCAUCAUUGUUAACGGCAAACGAGGCAGAUACAGAAGCAGAAAAAGAAGAGUUCAAGAAGGAGAUUUAUUCCAUUUACAAGCCCAUGAAUGAUGAGACUUUGCAAGAGAUCCAAGAUAUCCCUAUUCAGAAGAUGUAUGGAUCCAAAGUUGAUUUGAUUGUCAAGCAAGCAUUGUGGUUAAAGAACAAGAUUUCAAAUGUUCAAAUUGUUGUAUUUAGCCAGUGGCUUGAACUUUUAGAAGUACUGGCUAUUGCCUUGAAACAGAAUGGAUUAAAAUGUAUAGGAGCCAAAAACUCCUUGAAACUCGAAAAAGGGUCUGGAAGAAAUAAAGAAAAACUGACUGAUGUUGAACUAUUUAAGAGUGACCCAUCGAUUACAUGUUUUUUAUUGAAUGCUCGUGCACAAGCCGCUGGAUUAACACUAGUGAAUGCGUCUCACGUAUUUUUAUGUGAACCUCUUGUGAAUACAGCGUUAGAGCUACAAGCGAUUAGUAGAAUUCAUCGAAUUGGUCAGCAACACAAAACCACCAUCUGGAUGUUCACCAUCAAGGACACAGUGGAGGAAAGCGUUCUAAGACUUUCCACUCGAAAGAGAAUGCGCUUGGUAGAAAACAAAAGCACUGAGGACGAUGGUAAAGUUUUGGACCAAAACAUCACCAGCGACAUCAUCGAUCAGGAAGAGUUAAGUAAAACAACAAAGGGCAUGGUACAUAAGAAUAUCAUUGGAGGAGAGGUCGUCAGCAAUGAAGAUUUGUGGGGUUCAAUUUUCAGUGCAAAAGCCCAGUCCUUCUAG